UGCAUUUGAGACCCGGCCCCGAGAUAUGGGAGGAUACUCUCGGUAAAGUCGACAUCUUUGUAAUGGGAAUAGGGAGUGGUGGUACCGUUUCUGGCGUCGGACAGUACCUCAAAUCUCAAAAUCCUAAUGUAAAGAUAUACGGAGUGGAGCCUGCUGAAAGUAAUACACUGAAUGGUGGCAAACCAGGUCCUCGUCAUAUUACUGGCAACGGAGUCGGGUUCAAGCCAGAUAUAUUGGACAUGGAUGUAAUGGAAAAAGUUCUCGAGGUCAGCAGUGAAGAUGCAGUCAAUAUGGCAAGGGAAUUGGCACUGAAAGAGGGACUUAUGGUCGGAAUAUCAUCCGGGUCCAACACUGUUGCAGCACUCAGACUUGCAAGAAUUUGAGAGUAGC